AUGGGAGAAUCCACAUUCCAUGCGACGCAUUAUGAUAUCCUCGAACUACCGUAUCCUCCAACCCUCGUGCAAAAAGCCGAGUUGAAAGGUGCUUACCACCGUGCUUUAUUGAAGCACCAUCCGGACAAAUCUAGCUCUUCGACUCCCUCACGAGAUACUACGCCUUUACAAAUCACCGCUUCUCGUCCGGGAGCCUCCCAGGCCUUCACGGUCGAUCAAAUUACCGCAGCGUAUAAAGUGCUGUCUGAUCCGCGCGCAAGAAUCGAAUAUGACCGCUCGCUGGUAUGCCUCUCCAGCGCUGAUGGCGGGGGCGCCAAGCACUCCGGAAAGAAAGAAGGCCAGCCAUUUCACACUGGUUUAGAGGUGUUUGAUUUGGAUGAUAUGCAGGCGGGACAGGAGCCAGAUGGUGCUGAGUUUUGGUAUCAGGGCUGUAGGUGCGGAGACCAAAAGGGCUUUCUGGUUUCUGAGGGAGAUCUGGAGAACGAAUUGGAGAGAGGGGAGAUAAUGGUUGGGUGUCAGGGAUGUAGCCUGUGGGCUAAGAUUCUGUUCGCGGUUGAUGAAGGCGGGCAAGAGGUCAAUCAAGUCGAGGAUGGGGUGGAUGGAAACUCCUGA